AAUGUCCAGAUUUAUGUAUCUUCUCACACAGAUUCAUCGUAAUGGAGCAACAGCGGCAGUAUUUCUGUCACGCAAUCUGGAGAAUAAUCCAUAUCUUAUUAAGUUGUGCAGCUUAAUUUUUUCACACCACACAUAGUUGACGGUAAGGCUGCAGUUUUCUAUGCGAGUAAAUUCUUCGUUCCGCUUCCUUUGACGUAAACAAACUUAAAUCGGAAGUUCUUUGAGGAUAAACACUCGCGUUGACAGACGGCUCUGAAUGAUUGUGUAAGAAGGCGUGAUCGUGAUGUGAGUGUUUGAAAUAUGUAUUGUUUCUUUUGUCAUCCGCACAUUCCUUGUUAAAAGCUCAGAAUGUGGUUUUGAGGAGGCAGGUCCCGAACAGAUAAGUGACGGUAUAAAAAGUGAAUCCACCAGCAUCAGGUCUGAAGGACUGAUCCACAGACGUACAUGGACCUGCAGUGAUGCUUAGAAACGUCCAGUGAAAAGGUCCAACUUGAUGUUUGUGGAUUGCACUUUUAUUUGUAUCUCUCAUUAAUGGGACAAGACCCAAACCAGAGAAAAUGGGAUUUACACUGGAUUUAAUGAUGCUUCUUCUUUUUGCUGUUGUGGUGAAGCAAGUUUCAUCUGUUUCCCCGAGCAGAGAAGAAUUUACAGAAGCAGUGGCGUAUUUGAGGAAGUAUGGCUACCUGCACAUUCCACUGGACAAUAAAGGCCCAAGCCAUCCACGCGAGGCAGUAGCUGAGGCAGCGAGAAUCUUUCAGAGAGUAACAAACGUGCGAAUAUCAGGGAAACUAGACUCAGCCACGCUGGCAAUGAUGAACAGACCUCGAUGUGGACUACAGGACUUUUUCACUGACAAAUCUCUCAAAUAUCGAGUGCUGGGUCAUUGGCGUAAGAAGAUGCUGACCUACCGCCUCUAUAACUACACACCAGACUUGGGUCAGGGAAAGACCCGCGUGGCCAUCCAGAAUGCCUUUAAGUACUGGAGUGACGUGUCACCUCUGAGGUUCAGGGAACUGCAGAAAGGAAGAGCAGACAUCAAAAUCUCCUUUCACAAGAAAGAUAAGACAUGUCCAGUUCCCUUUGAUGGUCGAGGUCACAUUUUAGCCCACGCUGAUGCCCCCGAGUCAGGCAUUGUGCACUUUGAUGAAGACGAAGUGUGGACAGAGGGGAGGAGCCAGGGCUCCAACCUGAGGAUCGUUGCCGCGCAUGAGAUUGGCCACGCCCUCGGCCUGGGCCACUCACAAUACUACAGUGCACUCAUGGGACCUCUGUACAAUGGAUACCGCUCCAACUUCAAGCUCCAUGCAGACGACAUACGAGGGAUUCAAGCUUUAUACGGAAAGCCAAACCCAUUUCCUCCACCCAGAAAACCAGCAGCAGGAGGUGGAGGAGCUGUCGUAGAUCCCUGCAAGGCCACUUUGGAUGCAGUUUUAUUAGGUCCUCUGCAUAAGACAUAUGUUUUCAGUGGCCAGUACGUGUGGACAGUGUCCAACUCUGGCUACAGUUCUCUCACCCGGAUCUCUGCACUGUGGAAGGAGCUGCCCGGGAGCCUCAGUGCAGCUGUUCACUCUCAGAGGACUGGCAAGUCCUAUUUUCUGAAAGGAGACAAAGUCUGGAGAUUUACAGGCUUCAAACUUGACCACGGCUUUCCCAGACGCUUGGUCAACAUCCCUGCAAACGUCAACUCAGCCUUGUACUUCAACAAGAAUAAAAAACUUAUAUUUUUCAAAGGAUCUGGAUACUGGCAGUGGGAUGAAAUGGGUCCAACGGACUUCAGUUCAUAUCCCAAACCUGUUGGACAACUCUUCCAUGGGGCACCAAGUAACGCCGACGCUGCCGUAACAUGGACAAACGGUUAUAUAUACAUGUUCAAAGGCACGCAGUACUGGCGCGUGAACCACAACCACCAAACCGUGGACAGGGUCUAUCCUCAGAACACAGCUAAAAAGUGGAUGCAGUGUGACGGCUGAGCCACCAGAGGUCACCAGGGGUUCAAGAUAAACCUUAUACUCUUCACUGUGAAUGAUGCUUUUUCACUGUGAAUCAUACUGUAGGACUCACUAAUAAUUAAAAAUAGAGGACAAAAAUGUAAUAAAUACAACAAAAACAA